CAGAUCGUAUAUCAACUCACGAUAUACACAAAAUGGCGUGUUGUCGUCAUCUGUAAUGAAAAAAUCCUAUGGAAAAGUAAUUAGAGAAAAUACAGUUGACUUACUUGAGUGAAAAUCUAAUAAUAUAAAUAUUUGUAGAGUUUAUGAUCGAAAUCAAUAUUAUCUAUGUUUCGGGCACACCAGCAGUGAAAAUGGUGGCGUUUGUGAAUGUAUAUGUCUAGAGCAUUUCUUAGAUAUUGAAAUAUUUGGUAGUUUAUAAGAGAUUGAAGCAUAAUUGGAUUCCAUCAACAUGUUGUGAAAAACUAUUGUGCUAUUACGCGUGGAAAUACGUGACAAUUUAUAAUAAUCUUUUGUAAAACAGUGAAGUUGUAUAUUACUAGAUAGCUUCAUCCUUCUUUACUAGUAUAAAAUUGUCUUGUGAAGUGAGCAUUCGUGUCUUUCAUUACAAUCGUGCAUGAACGAGUUUCUAUUGGCUUUCUUAAAUGUAAUUCAACACAUCUUAUUCUGAAUUUUGUUAAAUGUAUAUCAUGGAAUGAAGCAACCGAGUUUUAGUGAAGAUAAUGUAUGCGUAUAUUCAUGAUUCAGCUGCUUGACCGAGCUGAUCGACCGACUGCUGCAGAACUACGUUCAAUGGCAAUGCGUCAACAACAUCAGAUUGAUACUCAGCACCAGAUGCUUGCGGCAAAGGAACAACGUUUACGUUUCCUAAAAUCACAGGAAACACGUAAUGCUGUUUCGGUUGCAGAAGCUGAGCGUCUUCGUCGAUUGCGCGAGCGUGUUGAAGCCCAAGAAUCAAAAUUGCGACGCCUCAGGGCUUUGAGGGGACAAGUAGAUUUACAAAAAACCUAUAACGUUACGCUGGGUAAUGACCUUGACUCGAUACGAGCGCUAUUCAGUGAGAAGGAAAAGGAGCUUACUCUUGCAGUAGCUAAAGUUGAAGCGUUAACACGCCAGCUUGAAGAGCUACGACGUGAUCGACGAGGUGUCGGUAAUGGUACAAACGGCAUUUCAUACAGUCUAAAUUCAAAUUCCCACAACAAUAAUUCUACAUCCGCGGCGAAAGAGUUGGAAAAAUUGCGCUUGGAACUUGCUUAUCGUAAUCAAUUAUCCAUGCAACAGAAUGCCCGCUUAAAUAUGCAGAGGGAAACAUUACAACAGCGCCAGAUAGAACUACAUUCGGUGGACAAACGUAUUGUGGAAUUGCAAAGCCGGAUUCAUAAAAAACGAAUACUCAACGUGCAAAACUACAAUUUGAAUGCAGGAAAUGUUAGUCCAGGAUCAGGACAAAAUAAUCAUGGAAAAAUAACUCCAUCCAGUGUUAACCAACCGUUGCAUUCGAGAUCCUCGUCAACACACAUCAUCUCCUCGCAUUCAAGAACUUUGAGUCGAGGAAAUAUUGUUGCAGUGGAACCGUUUAAUCAUAUUCCCGCGAAAUCAUCAUCUUUAGGAGAUGGGUCGAAUUUUACUUCACCUGCAUCUUCAUUGUUGAGCAUGAAUGAUAAACCUCAGCAGUCGAUUAGCAAUUCUUCUGACUAUAUACAACCACAACAUGUGCAGCAAUUACAGCUACAAAAUUACCAGUGGGAACAUGAAAAUAGUGUGAAAACUAUUGCUUGUGAGGAAGCUAUGUUGUUCGCACCGGAAAGUGAUGAAAAAAAACUCGCUGUUCGCCAACAGCAGCAGCACCAACAACAGCAAUAUCAAUCAUGCUUCGCAGAAAAUCUCGGAAACGUUUCUGGAACGGGAACAGAAAAUGGUACAAUUACUGGGAAGGAAGUGCACCAAAACAUGUUAUCUGAUGAUUUUGAAACAAAGAGUAAUUCCAAUUCACCAUCAAACUGCGAUAACUCCAAUGAUUAUGAAUCAGAUUUGGUCGUAAGUUUAGACAAAGAACAGUCAAAUGAUAGUAACACUGAAAUAGCAAACUCAAUUGGAAAUAGUCAAGAUAAACUUAAACAUAAUAACUUAAGCCAACCAAAAGCUAGCCACAUUUUUUUGCAAAACAUUCCUUUAGGAAAUUUGGUGGUAUCACCCAGAAAACCAAUCAACAGUGUAGCACCUACGCUUGCUUUGAAGCCUAGCUCAUCUACAGUUGCCAGUGCUUACAAUUUAUGUGGAACAACGGGUGUAAAAAUCACGAGAGUCACACGUAAAGUUCCAACAUGUAUUGAAAGUAACGUCAUGACAUUGAGCGAAGCUGAUCCAACAACAAUUUCAACAAGCCCAAACAAUAACAAUCGACCAGCCCUUCCUCCUAAACCCAACAAAAUUUCCGGUGUCAGCAAUGCAGGAACAAAUCCUUUGGUGGUAGCGGGAAAUAGUAAUGAAAUGGAGGAGUAUGGUAACGAAAUGAAUGUAGCUUUCAUUGAAGGAUUAACAAAGAAUGAAAUCGAUGCAUCGGCGUCAGCAUCUUUUGAUAUUCCGGAUUUAAGUUUACAGGGGGCUAUCAAUAAACAGUCCACGGUAAAUGAUAAACUCCCAAUUAAGGCAAAGCCCUUAACUAUCCGGAAACAUCCAUUUUUAGAACAACCAAAGUUAAAGAACUUUACAAACUCUGUCAAUCUCAACUGCAAUGCUAAUACAGGAUUAAAUAAGUUUCCAAUUUCAUCCGCAACGCAACAGAUAAUUAAUAAACGAAAGGAGACAGUUAUUCCUAAUACUAGCGAGGUAAAUGAGACUAUAAACUAUAGUACCUGCGAAAGCGAAUCUUUGCAUAGUACAAAAUAUGUGUCAGAUAAUAGUGAGUUUCAUGCUGGUCGAGAACAUCCAAUAGAACGAUUGAAAAAGCUAAAAAGUGGGAAUUGUAACAGCACUGAUGGAAAUUUAGAUAAUGAAGUAACUAGAAGGAAGCGUAAUUUCAUUCUAAUGGAACCAGAUGUUCAAGGGAAUGCUGCUGACAUUGGGACUGAUAACGGGAAUGGUAUUACAUUAGGCGAAGGAAGUAAACAUAAACUUUCACGGCGUGUAAGUUUCGAUCCGUUGGCAUUACUGUUGGAUGCUAGUUUGGAAGGAGAACUGGAACUCGUCGAAAAAACUGCGAUGCAGGUAACAAAUCCGAGUGCAGCAAAUGAUGAAGGUAUUACAGCUUUGCACAAUGCAAUAUGCGCGGGACAUUUUGAAAUAGUAAAAUUUUUGGUAAAUUUUGGAUGCGACGUAAAUGCACAGGAUUCCGAUGGGUGGACCCCUUUGCAUUGUGCUGCCAGUUGCAAUAAUUUGCCUAUGGUAAAGUUUCUGGUCGAGUCUGGCGCCUGUUUAUUUGCAGCAACUCUAUCCGAUCACGAAACUCCUGCCGAAAAAUGCGAAGAGGAUGAAGAAGGAUUUGACGGUUGCUCAGAAUAUCUUUACAGUAUACAAGAAAAGCUGGGUAUAUUGAACAAUGGAGAGGUGUAUGCUGUAUUCUCUUACGAAUCUCAGCAGCCUGAUGAAUUAAGCUUCUUUGUCAACGACACGCUGACUAUCAUCCGGAAAGGAGAUGAAGCUGAACGAGAAUGGUGGUGGGCUCGCAGCUCCUUAGGUAGCGAAGGUUACGUCCCGAGAAAUUUACUUGGGCUCCACCCGAGACUUACUCCAUCGUACAAUGACGAAAAUUAGGAUUGAAUUUUGUAUGAUUCUACAUAAUAUAAUUUUACUGAUCAACUUGGUUAAUGUAUCAUUCUGCGGUCACAAAGAGUCAAAUAUACAGGUGUCCCCGAGAUACGACUGUAUUUGGGACCGAAAAAAUGUCCCAAAACAAGGCGUAAGUCGAAAAAGUCGCAUGUCGAAUAUCUCUGAAUACAAAGUUUAUAACCGAAGUUGAAGAGUUGGAAUUUAUGAUAUCGUGUAUUUUAUUUAAAAUAACGUUCGAUAAUGUAAUAAUUAUAUUUUAAAAACCGUACACAAUAAAGAUAUGCAAGAUCGGGUAGUUUUGGAAUCUUUGGAAA